GUGCACUUCCUCCGUGUCUCGAAGCCGGUUCAUUUUCGUCAGAGUAUCGUUAAAAUGGAACCGUCCACGACUCAAGAAAAUGAUACCUCUUCUCUCACUGGUCUGACUAGUAAUACUAUUGCAGAUUUGAUAGGAAGUUCUGAUGCCCUAGCCCCACAUGAAGAACCUCUAGCCCCAGCUAAAACUGAAUCUUCCAAUAUUUCAUCCACUAUUGAAUCUAGUUUAUUUACAGAUAAGUCUGACACUUCUCCAUCACACACUAAACCCCAGUUAGAAAAAGAAAUUGAUCUAGAUAGUAGUAAAGAUACAGGAAAAUCUGAUCCUGCUACGAUUACAGCUGUGAAUGACUUCCUUAAUGAAGCUAAGAGUAAACCUGAAGAAAUUUCUGAACCUGUAAAAGAAAUCAAACCAGAACCAGAAUCAUUUGGCUUCAAUAAACCUUUACCCCCAGAACCUUUCGAAUCGACUUCAGAUUUCCUUAAAUCUGAAGCCACUACCGACAUCCAGAAUACUCAAGAAAAAGAAGAAGAUGGAAGUGAAUUUGUAGGUGCUGCAAGUGAUUCCCCUGUUGCUAUUAGCCGGGAAGAUUCUCCCAUUCCUCCUCCGAUACCCAAGCACCAGAAUUUAAGAGAUGAAUCACCAGACAGAUUUGAGUCUAGUCCUGAGCCAGAUUUUAAGCCUAUGGAGCCCAGUAAAGACGAUGAAGAAAUAUUUAAACCAAAAACAGUAACUCCUCCAAGACCUGUAGAGGUGAAAGAAGCACCCAAAAAAGAGGAAAAGACUCCAUCAGUAGGAGAUAUUGGAGCCAAAGAUAUCAUUGUUGAAAUUGUUGAAGUGUCAGAACGUCACAGGAGGCACUAUAGGUUUUUCCAAUGGCUUCACAAGGCGAUAAAAGAUUUUUUUGAUGCCUGGUUCAACCCUGCACGUCUUCAUCCGCAAGUGGAGUCCCUGGUGUACUGGAGGGACCCGAAGAAAUCUGGAGCAGUAUUUGGUAUCUUGAUGGUGACCCUCCUCUCGCUGACAUGUUUCUCCCUCAUCAGCGUUGUGGCCUACCUCAGCCUGCUCACCCUAGCAGGCACAAUCUCUUUCAGAACGUACAAAAGCAUCAUGCAAGCAGUGCAGAAAACUUCCGAUGGACAUCCAUUCAAAGAAUAUCUUGAACUGGACAUUUCAUUGUCAGAAGAGAAAGUUUCUGAAACCGCUCGAAUCGCUGCACAACACCUCAAUACUGCUAUCUCUGCAUUGAGGAGUCUGUUUCUCGUUGAAGACCUUAUCGAUUCCAUUAAAGGUCUCGUUCUGUUCUGGACUCUCACUUAUGUUGGAGCUGUUUUUAAUGGUCUCACUCUUCUAAUUAUUGGAGUGGUACUGAUUUUCUCACUUCCGAGAUUGUAUGAGAAAAAUAAGGCUCAAGUUGAUGCUUAUAUCCAGAUUGGAAUGGAUAAACUUUCAGUUAUUACUAACAGGAUGAAAGCAGCUAUUCCUUCAGGAAAGAAGGAAGAAAAGCCUAAAGAUCAGUAAAAGGCUGAAAAAAAGAAGCACUUAAAACAAAAAAAAAUUAAAAAACAACCAAAAAAAAAAUUGAGGGAAUGUUCUAGGAAGAAUCCCUCUUGUCUCUAAAAACCCGCAAGAUCCUUCUCCAUAUGCUUACCUUCAGACAGCAGAAUAAUUGUAAUUAAAUUUCUAUCCCUGAUUUUAGUGUACAUGCGGGGCAUAAUUAUUCUUUAUUUAAUUUUUUAUUGGUUUUUAUCUUUAAAAUUCUUAAGAAAUGUUCUCGAUUCGGAGUACAUUUUUUUUUUUAAUAGGAAAUUUUUUAUAUUAUGUAGUAAAUCGCAAAGUUUUUUGUACGACUGCUAUUUAUGUUUGGGCUACCCUUUUUAUUGAUAGAUUUUAUAUAUUACAUAAAUAUAUAUAUCUGAAUUGUAUGUGAAUGUUUAGAUAUACGCUAAUUUAAAUUAUAAAAUGCAAAGUGUUAAGAAUAAAUUGUAAUUAAGGUUCUCGAUAUUUUAUCUAGGUAUAAACACUUCUUCACGCAUAAAUGGUGAAACAUUGUAACAGAAACAGGACCUUUAAUGUCCUAGCACUAAAUGGCUUUGUUAAUGUUUGGAUUAUAUUAUUAUAUUAUCAGAUGUUUUAAUUAUGUUUUUGUACCUUUAUUAUUGAUAUUCUUAAAUAUUUGCGUUCCUUUCCAAGCAGGACCGUAACUCAUUCUUAAAAUGUUAUAUCUAAAUAUAUUUAUUGUUAUUUAAUUAGGAUAUGACCUCGGUUGUUAAUGACAUUAUAUCACUGUUCAGAUUUUCUUCUUUUAUUUUUUUUUUUUUCGUUUUCUUUGUAUAUUAUUUGUAAGAGAACAUAUUCAUGUUUCCUGUUAAUAAAAAGAAUUAUUUAAGAGCUUAGUGCAAAUACUCAAAUCAAGAAAGGUUGGUGGGAAAGCUAGAAAUAAAUUUAAAUUAAAAUGAAAAAAAAAAAAAUUAUGUGAUAUCCUUCUCUCCUAGGAAAUAAUUUUCCUCUAUUUAGAAACAAAACAUUUGUCAUGUGGACAGCUGUGUUGAAAUUUUAAUUUUUUUUCUCUAUGCUUUAUACACAAAUAAAUAAGUGACAUAGUAUGUAAUUUUGUUAUUAGAUUUCAACCUUUUAAAGUGUUAGUUCCUAUUUGAAGAGAAUAUUUUAUAGUUGAUUAGAAGAGGUUUUUCUUAUUUUGUCUAAUAUAUCAUGGCUUAUAAGAGGGUUAGUAUGCUACUUGUAUUAACAUUGUUUUUUAAACAUUAUACCUUUCUUUUUAUAAAAAUAUUUCCUGAUGAAAUUAAAAGUUGUUGAGAAAAUAUUUAUCUGGAAUGCAUCUUAUGUUGAACUGUAAUAAAAUCUUUAAAAUAA